AUGGCCUGGAUGUCUAGUGGGAGGAGCAAUGCCGAGCUUAUCGAUAAGAUGGUCAAGAAUGGGUUGAUUGUUUCACCUCAAAUCGCCGAGGCCAUGCGUAAGGUCGACAGGAAGAAUUAUGUACCCGAUCAGAUGUACGCAUAUGAAGAUUCCCCUCAACGUAUCGGUUUCGGAGCUACCAUCUCUGCACCACACAUGCAUGCUCACGCGUGUGAAAACCUCCUAUCCUUCUUACCAGUUGUCAACUCACCUCAUACCGGUGCUAUACUGGAUGUAGGCAGUGGAUCAGGAUAUCUUACCGCUGUGCUGCAUCACCUAGCCCCCCAUUCGCUCGUGGUAGGUAUAGACCAUAUUCAAGGUCUAGUCGACCAAUCCGUCAAGAACCUUCAGAAAGACGGAGUACCUCUCGGACCUGAGAAAGAUGGAAAGGGAGGGGUAAUCAUGAUAUGCGAAGAUGGGAGGAAAGGUUCACCUGAACAUGCACCAUUCUCAAUCAUACAUGUAGGAGCGGCUGCACCGGAGAUACCUCAACCUCUAAUUGAUCAACUGGCUAAACCCGGUAGGAUGUUUAUACCUGUGGGUCAAGGAUCGCAAGAUAUUUGGCAGAUUGAUAAAUCUGAUACGGGAGAAGUCACCAAGAAGAAAUUGUUUGGUGUGAUGUAUGUCCCACUUACCGAUGCCGACAAACAAUGGAAGAGUGAUUUGUGA